AUGAAGGUCUUCAGCAACAGCGUGACCUACAACUAUUCCUGGGACGAGGUGUCCACGGCCAACUGGACAAAGUACGGCCCAUGGAACAACAAGUCUGAGCAUGUCAUUGCCGUCGACACCCUCUCCCGCGAAGUCGACCCCGCGACCGGCAUCCUGCGCACUGAGCGUCUCAUCACUUGCAAGCAGACCGUCCCUGACUGGAUCAAGACUAUCAUCGGAGGCACAGGAGACGAGAGCUUCAUGUACGAGGCUAGCUACGUCGACCCUGUGAACAAGACCGUCACAAUGGUCAGCCAGAACUUGACAUGGAGCAACCUCGUCAACGUUCAGGAGGAGUGUAUCUACAAGCCCAUGGGUGACCACCAAACCCAGUUCAUCCAAAACGCCAACAUCACUGCCCUGUGCGGUGGCUGGCAGCGAAUCAAGAACAGCAUCGAGGACACAAUGGUCUCCCGCUUCCGCGAGAACGCCGUCAAGGGCCGCGAAGGCUUCGAGCGCGUUCUGCUCAUGAGCCGCAAGGCCUUUGCCGAGGAGAGGGCGCGCCAGAUUCUAUGA